CCUCUAUUCCGAAGAGUCCAAGAGCAGCAGCUAACAAAAAGACCAACUCGAAAGUGGGGAAGGGAUGUUGGGGUUAAAGAGGGGAGUUAAAUAACCAGACCUUUAGCGAAGAAUAAAGAAUUCAGGCUGUAGUUUCUAGAAAUAAGUUAUUACAGGCCUGUAAAGUCUGGCGCUGGGUAAAGCCCAAGAGGCUUUCCCUAACUCCAAAACGACGACCUUAAAGGGAGGGUUGGGGCACCACAGCGGCCAGAUUUCUAAUUGUGGAAAGUUUAAACAAAUUUAUUCCUCAGGGAAUGGGGGAAGGGAGGGAAGACAAGUCUGGGCUCGGCCGUGGAGCGUGCGGAGUCUGCAGCGCGCAGCCGUCGGUCCAACGCGGGGAGGCUCAGGGAUUUUCGGCAGCAGCGACUUCAUCCACCCCGGACCGCCGGCUGGAGGACGUGCCUGGAGCCGGCGGGCAUGUGCGGCCAAUUCGGUGAAACGAGGACGCGGACCGCGAAGGCAGGUACCCUACUCUGAAAUGAAAACUCUUUAAUUAAAGAGACAUGAAAUGACAAGAUUUUUUUAAAAAAUCCCAUGAGGAGAAGGCAUUCUAAUUUAGGCAUUGUGCCUAAGAGGCUGACCUCUACAGACUACACAGACCUAGCUCCAUUGUCUUCUGGCUUCCCGGUGGAUCCAGCCAGUGGAAGACCCCAGCUGGAUAUCAGAGCUGGGAGAACAGAGAGGUGUGGUUUCCCAUAAGGAAGCUCUUCUUCCUGCUUGGCUUCCACCUUUAACCCUUCCACCUGGGAGUGUCCUCUAACACGUUCAAACUACAAGUCCAGACCCAAGAGAGCAAGGCCCAGAAAGAGGUCAAAAUGGGGUUUAUAUUUUCAAAAUCUAUGAAUGAAAGCAUGAAAAAUCAAAAGGAGUUCAUGCUUAUGAAUGCUCGACUUCAGCUGGAAAGGCAGCUCAUCAUGCAGAGUGAAAUGAGAGAAAGACAAAUGGCCAUGCAGAUCGCAUGGUCUCGGGAAUUCCUCAAAUAUUUUGGAACUUUUUUUGGCCUUGCAGCCAUCUCUUUAACAGCUGGAGCCAUUAAAAAAAAGAAGCCAGCCUUCCUGGUCCCGAUUGUUCCAUUAAGCUUUAUCCUCACCUACCAGUAUGACUUGGGCUAUGGAACCCUUUUAGAAAGAAUGAAAGGUGAAGCUGAGGACAUACUGGAAACAGAAAAGAGUAAAUUGCAGCUGCCAAGAGGAAUGAUCACUUUUGAAAGCAUUGAAAAAGCCAGAAAGGAACAGAGUAAAUUUUUCAUAGACAAAUGAAAUCAUGUUUACCAAUCAAAUCUCAAAGCACAGAAUUAGUGACUUGAAUCAUGGUUUUUACAGUUUUUUAAAUGCUCAAGAUUUUGAUAUUAUAUAUUUUAUUUCAAAAUAUUAAAAUGCAAGAUGAGUUUUGAGCUAUUUUAAAAUAAAAUUUAUAGCAUUCAACACAAAAUCAUGGAGGUGCUCUAAAUAACUUUCAGAUUUCCUCUCUCUGUGUGCAUUACCAAUAUGUAAGUGUAAAAUUAAUAAAUUGUUUUGAAUUCCUGGAAGCAAA